CGUUUUCGUAAAUAUGUUUAUCCAUAUAAUAUUGCUCCAAUUAUCAAACUGUGGCGUACAGUUUCCUUCACUUUCCAUUUGUUGAAGAAGAGAGAAAGUUUCAGCAAUGGCGGCCAUGAACCUGAUUGUUUCAACCAGGCUUCAUUAUUCCUGUUUGAACCCCGGUAAUGGGUUUUCAAUUUCUAAACCCAAGGGCUACAAAUUGGGUCCUCGAGCUGCUUUGGUAGAAGCAGGAUCAAGAGCCGAUGGCACCCCAGUGGCACUACAAGUAUUAAGAGGGGACCGCGUGGCGGAACUGCAGGCGGAGGCCAAAGCCAUGGCGCGCGCCGCCAAUGCCUCCGUUUACAGCCCCGAACUUCUUGCCGACACAUAUGGGUCACGACCUAUCCAGGCAAUGAAACGGACAUUGGAAAUAUUGGUAGCCUUAGGCUCUUUCGGUACGAAGCUGUUGUUGGAUCAAAGGAAUGGCACACUGGAUCGAAACAAGAGAAUCCGAGCCAUUGAAUUGAGAAGCAUUUUCACCCGAUUAGGCCCUACAUUCGUAAAACUGGGUCAGGGUUUAUCCACCAGACCCGACCUCUGCCCACCCGAGUAUCUCGAGGAGCUGUCCGAGCUUCAGGAUGCACUGCCUACGUUUCCCGAUGCCGAUGCAUUCUCAUGCAUCGAAAGGGAGCUGGGGAUGCCGAUCGAAUCCAUUUUCUCUUCGAUAUCUGCUUCUCCUAUUGCCGCUGCCAGUUUAGGCCAAGUCUACAAAGCUCAACUCAAGUAUUCUGGCCAAACUGUUGCUGUUAAAGUGCAACGACCUGGUAUUGAAGAAGCCAUUGGCCUCGAUUUUUACCUUAUAAGAGGCCUCGGAUUUCUCAUCAAUAAGUACGUCGAUAUCAUCACGAGCGAUGUUGUUGCCCUUAUCGAUGAAUUCGCCCGUAGAGUUUACCAAGAGCUCAACUAUGUCCAGGAGGGACAAAAUGCAAAGAAAUUCAAGACGUUAUAUGCUGACAAAGAGGAUAUCCUUGUUCCAGAUAUCUACUGGAAUUACACGAGCUGCAAAGUUUUAACGAUGGAAUGGGUUACCGGGGUGAAACUAAACCACCAAGCCGCCAUUGAAAGACAAGGUUUAAAGGUUAUAGAUUUAGUAACCACGGGCAUCCAAUGCAGCCUCAGACAACUCCUAGAACACGGCUAUUUUCAUGCUGAUCCUCAUCCCGGUAAUCUCUUGGCGACACCCGAAGGGAAGCUCGCGUUUUUGGAUUUUGGAAUGAUGAGUGAAACACCGGAGGAUGCGAGGUCAGCUAUAAUCGGGCACGUUGUUCAUAUGGUGAAUCGGGAUUACGAAGCAAUGGCUCGUGAUUACUAUGCUCUGGAUUUCUUGGCGAUGGAUGUCGAUGUUUCUCCCAUUGUGCCGGCUCUUAGGGACUUCUUUGACGAUGCGCUGAAUUACACUGUGAGCGAACUCAACUUCAAAACACUAGUUGAUGGCCUGGGAAAUGUUUUAUACCAAUACCCUUUUAAUGUGCCAGCCUAUUAUGCACUGAUAUUGAGGUCACUUACAGUGCUAGAAGGGCUAGCCCUUUAUGCUGAUCCUAAUUUUAAGGUGUUGGCUGCCUCAUAUCCUUACUUUGCUAAAAGGCUUCUCACUGAUCCAAAUCCAUAUCUCAGAGAUGCUCUGGUUGAGUUGCUUUUCAAGGAUGGCAGGUUCAGGUGGAACAGACUAGAAGACCUUGUUAUUGAGGGAAGAAAGGACCGGGAUUUCUCAGCAAAAGCUGCAUUGCAACCUGUUUUAAAGCUGUUACUGGCACCAGACGGCGAAGAGCUUCGGACUUUAACGAUUAAAGAGGCUGUUCGUGUCACCGAGGCCGUUAUUUUAGGCUCGAUUGCUGAUACAUACAACUCUGCGCCAUCUUUUGUUCAGACUCUGAUGAUCAAUGGCAACGGCAAUGGAGGGCUCGCGAUGAACAGUUCUGAUUUGGAAGCCAUAAUGGAGCUUCGGAACCAGGUUUUUAGAAUCUGGAGUCUUCUAAGUUCCUCGGAAAAUUUCGAUCCAGCGCUCUUGCAGCCUAUUUUACAGGUCCUUCAACAACAGGAGGGACGAAGUCUGGGGGGCCGUGUCGUCGGCGGGAUCUCUCAGCGGCUUGCAGCUCGUUUACUGCAACAACUCCUUCGAACUCCGACUGUUCCUGGUUCAAGUUUAUGAGCAUUGGAGUUCCUGGUAAAGUUCAUAAAUGCAUGUUUAUGAACCCCAACUGUUCGUGUAUAGUUUUAUCAAAUGAACAACAGAAGAAGCAUUUACCAAACAA